AUGCGAGUUCAGAGGUUUGUAAAGGGACUCAAACCAAUGAUAGCAAGGGAUGUUAGGAUGACCAGCGCUGAGGUGGCCAGUUAUGCAGAAGUAUUGGAUAGAGCUCUUGAGGCUGAAUAUUUGGAGGAUCGAAUAUGGAAGGAUAAUGUCGCUAGAAGAGAGAGCCACCGUAACAAGAACUUCCAUGAGAACAACAAGAGAAAGGCUAUCGAAGGGCAGAAUAGUGGGGUUGAUAAAAGGCCUAGACCUCCAGUCCUGAACAGUAGCAACCACAACUCUCAGAACCAUAGCAACCGCAAUAACCGCUUCAAUGACCGGAACCGUGGGAACCAACAGGGCAACCGAGUUGAGCAUCCUACCUGCCCUAAAUGCACAAGGAAACACCCAGGAGAGUGUCAGGCCGGUACCAACAAAUGCUUCAAGUGCGGCCAGGCAGGACACUUGCGGAAGAAUUGCCCACAAUGGAAGUCGGGACAGAAUACCAAUAACAAUCUGGUGCCAGCAAGAGUCUUCACCUUAACUCAGAACGAAGCGGCCAAUAGCAAUACCGUGGUUACAGACUGA